CCUGGCUAGUCUCACACACGUAGUGAGGGGAUAUAGUAUAGUAGUAAAUAAAAAAAACUUCGUAAUUUAUUAAGUGAUUGGUUUUUUUGGAAAGUGCUUUUUUGAAAGAUGGUGACAAAACUGACACUACUUGUGUUACUAGUACAGCUGCAACAAGCAAUAAACAUACCGUUGAGACAGUUGAGAGAACUGAAACCUGGCGCGGAGAUCCCGAUGCUGAUGCCACAACACAACGCACCACUCACAAUACCACAUGUCGUCAUCCACACAGCCACCAGAGAGAAGAAGAGUCCCAACAUCAUCUCCAUACCAAUACAACAGAUCCUCGUCCCCAAGUUCCAUAUAAUUCCUCUCCAUCACGCUCCCCCACAGUCAAACAUCCACCACAGCGCUGUACACACAGACGUCAAGCAUAUAAUAACACAUGACAAUGUGAAGAUACCAAUUAUCUCUCAAACUGUGUCCCACAGCACGGCAAACAUCACGCACCCAUCAUCAGCGUCAGUGAUACCAAUCCUGAUACCAAUACAUCACAACCUGGUGCCAGUACAGGAUCUCUCUGUAAUACCCUUACAGAAGACAGUGCACAAGGAGCAGAAGUUAGAGAGGUACACAGUAAUGGAGAAGAAAGAAGAAAAAGAGAACGAAGAAGUGAAUAGAUUCCGAACAUUCUAUGGAGGUUACGGCACUGGUCUAUUCUUCGGAGGUCAAGGAGCCGGUCAUGGGUUCCAUAUAUUUGGGUAGCAGAUAAU